AUGUCUUCAGUGAAGUGCCUUGAUGUUUACUUCGAGCUCAAGGGAAAUAUCGUCUUUGGUCAGUUAGCACGCGGAUGGGUUCUUCUGCAAGCGGUCACAAUCCGACUGAUCAAGCCAUUCAGAACUCGAACAGGAGAACUGAGGUACCGUAUCCAGAGUAUAGACGACAAGUAUGAAGCAGAAACCGCGUUUGAUCUCGAGCAAUCACAACAAGAGUUCCUGAGUAUAGUACUCAUGCGCAGCGGGUUCAAGGAAAUCGCGAGGAAUAAACGGCCAGAAGAAUCGAAACUUGUUGGCAAUCGGGUCGGCCGCCUCUCGGAGCGACGAGACUGGACGAGCUUGAACACAGCCUCGUGA